GUUCCGUGUGGGAAGUACACGUCCAGUCCGAUCUCAAAUGUACCGAAUUCGUCUGUUCUUCUAGAAAUCCACACUAAUUUUCUGUGAAAAGGUGUUUAACUGUGAUAUGAGGAUCCAUCCUUUUGCCAAUCCGUCUGCCCGGGGAAGAAUGGAACGUUAAUUGAUACUCGGGUGACUAAGUGGACACCUGUCUCCUCCGCAACUUGGCAAGUGUACAUCUGUGUUGAACUCCCUGGAAACUUUUUUUAUAACAGGUGGCGAAGAAUACAUGCGGUAUAAAUUGGAUCGCCCAGUUUCGUGUUUUCGAAUUUGGAUUCUUUGUUGUGAAAUUCAAGAUUUCGUCUGAGUCCAUCCAACGUUUUGCAUCGUGUUAUUGUGGACGUUUGUUUGUUGCCGGGUGGUAGACAUCCAGAAACAUCAUCCGAGCAAAGACAUUUAAUCCCAGAUUUUUGAUAACUCGAAUUUUAUUAGUUUACUCAACGGUGUGUACAUAAAAAAACCCUGAUAACACCAGCAAGUAAUCUACUCAAUAUUCUAAAAAUGCUCUCAAAUUUUUAAUUUUAAAACAUAUUUGGAGAGAUAAAUAUUUCCCAAAAAUGCCGAUCGCACAGACACGACUGGAGAUCCUCCAAAUUCACAAAUUCCUGCAGUGCGUUCGCAACCAGGAUAAGGAACAAAUUGAGAAACUCUGCUCACACGGAGUGCCGCAUUUGAUCAACUACAGCGAGCCGAACGAUGGGGAGACUGGGUUGCACCUGGCGGCCCGAGUCAACGAUGAGGACAUGGUCAAGUUCCUCCUGGGGCUCGGAGCUCACCCAAACGUGGUCGAUUUGAAAGGCAGGACUUCGGCCAUGAGAGCUGCCGAGUUUGGACAUGUGCAGACUUUGGAAGUUCUUGCCACUGCUGGAUCGGACAUGAAAAUCAAAGAUGCCGAAGGAAAAGGCAUCCUUUUCUACUGCAUCCUGCCAACCAGUCGCCACGCCAAAUGCACACAGAUAGUCUUGGAGUGCAACGCAGAGUGCAACAACGUAGCCAACGAUGGCAUGCCACUACUUGUCCUAGCUUGCAUGGAUUCGGUAGAAAAUGAGAAGAUAUGCCUUCAGUUUCUGGAGAACAGUGCCGACCCAAAUGGUGUCCAACCGUCCUCCAACAAGACGCCCUUAAUUGAAGCAGCUCGAAGUGGAAGCAUCUCUGUGGUCCGAGCAAUCUUAACGAGAGGGGGACAAGUUAAUGCCAUGGAUAAGAACAAGAGGACAGCCAUCCAUCAUGCCGCAAUGAACGGCCAUUUUGAUGUUGUGCGCCUUCUAGCCAGCUACGGCGCAGACCUCAACAUGCAAGAUGUUAUUGGAAACAACAUGAUUCAUUAUGCAGCUGAAGGGGGCUUCGCCAACUGCUUGAAAUAUUUGUCACAAAGAGGAUGCAAAGCAAACCUUAAGAAUGAUGAUGGCCUCCUUCCCAAAGUCAUUGCCAAGAACAAGGGCUUCAAAGACGUCAUGAAGGAGUGUCGCAAGGCAGAACGGCUCUCGAAGAAACUCCAGGGUGGCGGAAAAGCACCAGCAGAAGGCUGGGCUGUCAAAGUUUACGACUGGAGCUUCGAACAUCAGACCAAACUUCUGGAGAGAUUCCAGGGUAUUGAUACAGACGGUAACGAGGUGAUAUCAAAGGACGAUUUUUACGACUCGCUUGUGACUCUGGAAGCACCCAUAGAUGAAAACAGUUUCAAGGCACUCUUCCUGCUGCACGACAAGACAAAGGAAGGAGUAAUCAACUAUCAUGAAUUCCUAGCCGGGAAGAAAUACGUCCACAAAACUUACCUCAUGUCAGCGUUUGAGAAGAAGGAAAAAAAGAAGAAGGGUAAGAAGGGAAAGAAGAAGAAAGGCAAGACAAAGGUCCCGAUGCCCAUAUGCGUUGGCGUUGAGGGCGCUAGAACUGAGUACGGCGAGCCCCCAGAACACCUUAUACACAGACACGUACCGUUUACAGAUACAGGACGUUUUGAUCGCGACCACCCGCCAGACCAUCCGAUACAGGAUGACUCGGCCUGGUACCUCCACUUCCCGGAAAAGACGUAUAUUAAUAUCACAGAUGCAACUAAGAUGACAGACAUGGACUCUCUGAAGCAAGCUUAUACACACGGUCGGUCGGUCAACACCCAGGAUAAGUACUACAAGACGGCACUAAUGAUUGCAUGUGCACACGGCAAUGUGGAGAUGAUGAAGUAUCUAUUAGAUAACGGUGCCAACGUCAACUGCCAAGAUAACUUCAGAUGGACGCCAUUACAUCACGCCUGCCUCUCUGGCCAGCUGGACGCCGUCAAGAUGUUGGUUGAACACCAGGCCGACAUCAACGCCCAAGCCAUGAAUGGCGGAACACCCUUAAUGAGAGCGAUACAGACUUCCUCACCGGACAUCGUGUCAUUCCUCAUCGAGAAAGGAUGUAACGUCACAUUGGAAAAUAGAAAAGGUGAUAAUGCUCUUGAUGUUGCCAAGUGGUGGGCAGACCCAAGAGUCCUGGAGAUUGUAAAAGCCAAGUUUGAGACGAUUCCUCAGCCAAAGGAAGGAAAGAAGGGAAAAGGCAAGAAAGGACGAGGGAAGAGUGGUCAGAAGAAGGCCCCAGCGAGGGCCCAAUCUGUGCCGCCUAUACCACAGGGUGGGAUGACAACACAACAGCAGGGUGACUCUCCAACCAUCACCCCACGUGAGAGAAAGGGGUCCGUCUUGAGAGCUGCAUCAGCCAUGGCUGGAGGCAUCGAACAUCCUGAAGACAUCACCUACGUCCCAUUUGUUGCAUGGAGCAACGUACCAAACACCAGAGAGCUCAUCGUCAAGAAAGAGCAACGACGGAUGCGAUUUGGUGACGGGAUCGACUUCCCAGACUUCAAGAUGCCAUUCAAGGACCACUUCAUGAAGAAGUCAGAGGCGUUGGGCGGGGUCGAUUCGGAUGAUGAGGAUUGAGAUGGAGGAAGUUUUGAACAGUUACCAUAGUGAUGCUGUCAUUCGAUCAAGCAUUGAAUGUGCUGUACAUUAUUCACUGUCUCAGCAUAUUGUGAUAGACUUUUCAUUAUGCUAUGGGUGUUUGUGUCAGGUUCCCUGCCUGCCCGCCCAGGGAAAAUGAUAGUUCCAAGAGUCGUAUCAUGACAAGGGAACAUGCUAUUUUUGUAUUCUGCCUUAGCCUUAUUUGGGCUACACUGUGUCCGAGUUCAUAGCUGCAGCGACGGCUGUUGCUAAAUGUGUUGCUAUGGGCCUCCUAUGCCUUAAACGCAUGCUCAUUCACCAUUAAGCCUAUGGCUAUGGCUGGAACUGCAUUGGCCAUCAUAUAAAUCCGUGUGCAUGUGUAGACCAUGUAGCGUUUGUAUGCUAAAAGAGUGACCGUUUACAUUCCAUGGUCUUUUUGGUGGGUGAAAUACUACACUGGUCACAUGGAAAAUGUUUACAUUUUGUAUCAAAAUUCUUCAUAAAAUCAAGAGUUUCAUAAGGAACAGAUGAACAAAUUUUGAGAUGUGCCCCUUUAAAAAUAUAAAAGAAUGAUCAAAAUCAGACAGUGUAAGAUUGAAUGUUUUCUUCCAUCGAACUGUGAUCAAAUCCUACCUGUGGCUCUUUUGUUAACUUGUGAGGCCUCUGGUCACAUAGAUUGUCUGUAGAAAUGCAUUCAAGUUUAUCAAUUUAAUAAUUUCUAAUAUUAGGUUUGUGGGUGCAUGUAGAUGGUAAAAAAAGCUUUUUAGAAGGCAAGCAUUUUGUAAUUUUUUAAUAUAUUGCUCACAGAAAGGCUUUUAUUUCAAUGCCAAUGAAAUAAUUUUGAAUAAUUUUGUACAAUCAUGAAUAAAUUAUUUCUGUAAUAAUAUCCAGUCGUACAAACUUUUUCAAGUGAAGGAUAAAAAUGU